AUGGCAAAUUUGCUUCAUCGUUUAAAUUCAUCAGCAAGCGAUGCUAAUUUUAAAUUAUCUUGUGAUAUUGUACUUUCAAAAUUUGUUCCACUAGAAAAAUCAAUAAUUGAUUCCAUUCUUGCUUAUAAUAAUUUUGAUCAAGCAGAAAUUAUUUUACCUGAUGGGCGAACAUAUGUUUGGUAUUUUGCUAUUGGCAGUAUGAUUAAUCCAAUAUCUCUUUAUCUUCGUGAUUUGAUACCAAUCAUGUCUUAUCCUACGACAUGCAAGGAUCAUAAACUUGUAUUUCGAGGUUCUGGUGGAAUGGCUGAUUUUGAAGCUUGUCCUGGUGCCGAAUUUGAUGGAGUUAUUCAUCUGCUUUCAAAGGAACAUAUGACAAAUUUAGAUCUCAUUGAAUUUACUUAUCAUCGAAUCAAGGUUAAAUGUAUUGAUUAUCAAGGCCAAUAUCAUACAGCUUAUGCUUAUCAAAUGAAUAUUAAGGAUCAACUACCUGAUGUUCCAUAUGAACGUUAUUUAGAUAUUAUAAUAAAAGGUUGUGAAUAUUUUAAAGUUCGAUCAGAGUAUAUAAAUCGAUUGAAAGAUGAACAACCCGUUAUACCUCGAAAACAACCAUCGAGUUUUCAAUCAUUUAAAGAUUUUCCAUCUGAUGCUUAUUACUCUAUUGACGAACUACAAAAGCAUAAUGGGGAUGAUCCUUCACUUCCACUAUGGAUUUCUGUGAAUGGAAAAAUCUUAGAAUAUGCUGGAUUACCACCAAAUGAUCAUCCUGAUUAUAAAUAUCAACAAAGUUCUUACACAUUUUUUAAACAAAAGCUUGCUGGACGUGAAAUCACGAGUAUAGCGGCAAAAGGAUUAUAUGAUCCAUUGUACAAAAUACCUUUAAAUGAUGAAGAUAUAUGUGAUCAACAUCGAGCACAAAUUGAAGAUUUUUAUUAUGAUAUAUUAGGUAGUGCACAAAAUAAAGUCUAUUGGAAACUAAUUGGACGUCUUCGGCAGCUAAAUAAUUCUUCAUAA